CCGGAGAGAGAGAGGCAGGGGACGAGCUCUGCACCGGCUCCACCGACACACUCAGAGUGUGAGAGAGUGUGUGUGUGUGUGCAGCAGAGAGGGAGAGCGGCUGAGAGACAUACACACUGAGUGCUUCAGUGAGGAGGGAGAGCAGACUCAAACCUUGGAGAAGACUUCUUUUCUUUUUGUUUUCUUUUUGUUUGACGAGUCGAGAAGAAGAAGUGAAACUUCAACAGACAGGUGAACAGACAGACAGGUAAACCAGGUGACUCUCUGAUGAUGGACGACUACACUCUUCCCUUCUGGAUCUACCUGGCCGUUCUGACUGUGUUCAUUGGUGGGGCCAUGAAGAAGAUUCUGGCGUCCCACCUGAGUGCCGCCCCCACCCUGGUGGCCUGGCUGGGGGCCACCGUGCUGGUGGAGCGCCUGUGGGCGUUCUGCCUGCCGGCCGUGCUGCUGCUGGCUCUGCUCAUCCUCGCCUUCUGCAUCUACUUGGCCACCAGGACCAGCCCACCACCCACCACCCUGUCUGCCCACGGCAAAGCGGUAUUCAUCACAGGUAAGAGCAGGCUCCUCCCACUCCUUCAGGUGCAUGUGUUUGCGCUUUUAUUGUAGAAUUUAAGAUCAGCUUUUACAACUUUCUGGAGGAAGUAAAAUGAUGUUUUUGUUUUAUCUGUCACCUGAACUCCUUUAGGAAAAAGCCUUGUUUAUUCCAGAGUUUAAAUGCUGUUAAAAAAUAAUAGUUUUGACUCACUGCAGAAGAUUUGUUUAAGUGUUCGACCUGAAAUCUUGUCUGUGAGAUAAAUUAAGCUGCAAGUUUCCUGGAAGCACCUGCAGAAAAAAGUGAAAGAGUUGCUUUUGUUUUUGCAUCUUCUUUUUCUUGUUGGUCUAAACUUGAACUUUGUCGGAUUAGAUCUAAAAGUUUUACAAAAAUCCUACAUAGAUGAAGGAAAUGUUUGACCUUGAAAGAUGUUGAUAUGCUGGUAUCAGACUGAAUCCUCUGUCAGCUCUUCUUCUCCAACAUUGAGAUGUUGUGUGUGUGUGUGUCCCAGGCUGUAGUUUGGUGAUCUUUUGUGCUUGAGUGUGUGAAUGAUCAGUGGAGGUCACGUUGUACAGAACCUUCCUUUAAAAGAAAACCUGGUUUUGCUGCUGGGUUCAGGGAGGUGAUCUGAUCCCUUUGGGACCCUGUGUAUGUGUGUGUGUGUUUGGAGAGGGGGGGGUAAACUUCAUGAACAAUAGCUGUAUGCGUGUGUGUGUGUGUGUGUGGGGGGGGGGGGGGAUUCCCCUCCACAAUAAGAGUCAAAGCGUGUGUCAUCAGCAGUGAGGGGUCGAUGCGUUCACGGGUUACCAAAGAGUCUUUUUGCUCCAUUUUCUGCUAUCUGAGCUCAGAGGAAGUGAGUCUGAUAAGAGGAGCGAUUAGUUUAUAGAUCAGUGUGUUUGUGUGUGUGCGUGCAUGUGUGCGUGAGUGUGACAUGUGAAGCGUUCAGCAGUCGCUCUGUGUUUAGAGCGGCCCUCCCUACAGACUUAAUCACUUUUUGGUUGCCAGCUGGCUCCGGACUCUCAGUGUGGUAGUUAACGAGGUAAUCAGAUCUGCAGAUUAAUGCGGCUGUUUAAUAACACCACGCUCUGCCUUUGUGUUCUCCUGCUCUCAUGUAAUCUGCACAGAAAGAGAAGAAGAAUAAAAAGAAAAGUGGAAACUUUUUACUAACUGGUCCUCGGGUAACCUGGGAGGUCGAAGGCGGGUGUCACCGUGGAGACGGGUCGACAUUUAGCCAGAAUAGAUGCUGUAGCCUGCUGUGAUGGUUUUGGUUUUCAUUAUUUAUUAAGUGGUCUGUAAAGUAUCAGACCUGAAAAUGUCUGGUUUGAUUUAAAGGGAUAGUUCUGUGAUAACAGUCAGCACGGCUUCUUUGACAAAGAAUUUUUUUAAAAAUCUUGCAAUUUGAAAUCAGACACUUUGCAACUAUGCAGUGUGAGGUAUGAAAACAGCUGUUUGACUAAGCAUCUUUUUGUUUGCAUGAUUAUUGGAUGUUUCUUUUACUUCGCUAAUUUGAUGUGCUGCAUGUGCAGGUAGCAGAAGUGAUGCAAAAGGGCUUUGGGCCAUAGUGUCACAGUUUUGCAUAUGCUAAAUAAACCAUAUUUCCGGUCAGUAUGUUUAGAUAUUGUCCCGAAAAAUGUGAUUUAUUACCUUAGAAGUCCAAUUGGAAUCACACUUAAAGGGAUAUUACUCUCUUCCAGCAGCUGCUUGUCUGUAGUGAGACCUCGGCCAGUCCAUUACAGACUACAGCGGGGUGACGCAGCUCAAGUCAAGUCAAGUCAAGUCAAGUUUAUUUGUAUAGCACAUUUCAGCAGCAGGGCAAUUCAAGGUGCUUUACAUGAAACAAGCAGGCAAAACAUUCAACACAAUUUAAAAAGUAAAAACAGCGUAAAAGACAUUUAACAGAUUAAAAGUUACAUUCAAAGCUAAAAUAAGAUUGGAGAUAAAAGAAAACAAAGGUUAGAUUGGAGAGAUAGAAAAAAAAAAAAAAAGCUCAAGGAAGAACAUUUGUGAUCAUUUUUUUAUCAUUUCCUAUUCUAUCCUAGUCUCUUUGCUAAAGAAAUGAGUCAAAGUUAAAAAGAUGUUUGGUGUCUAGUACUAUGUCUGUGACCCUAUAUGUCCUGUUGAUGAAGUUAGGUGCUGUUCUGAGCAUUAUUUGUGGCUAUAGAGUGGCGUUUUGGUUGAGCGCAUGGCUCUCUGUAUUGCUAUCCUGCAGUCGUUACUAAAGUUGGUAUAGCUAGGGAAGCAAGCGGUCGGCAACAUUCAUCUCUCAAGGGGGUGUUUAAUUCAGUGUUAUGGUGUGUUUGACACUAAAUCAAUUUUAUGCCAGAAUAUCCCUUUAAUCAAACUUCUUAUAGUUGGACUAAUAUACCAAGUUAAAUCUAUAUUUCUGGCUUUGCAUACUGUUAGUUUGACAGCUCUCCUGUGGUCUUUAAGGUGCAAAACAUUCAAAAUUCAGAGUUACAAUGAUGUGAACCCCGGGUGAAAAUUUUAAAAUCUCCCUAAAAUGCUCCUGCGGUACAGGAAAGACAAAUAUCUCUUCUAUGAUCACUUUAAUUCAGUGAAAUAACCACGUCCAGACUCCAUCUUCUGCGUCUUUUCUCCGCUCUGAAACGUCUUCAAACAGACUUCGAACAAAGGUGUGGCCCAUGUCUCCGGCAGUCACUUCCUACGCAGAGAGAGGAGCUGGUUUUGAUCAGGAGGAAAGAAAUCUGGGUUACGCAAAUACCAGCCGGACGUCAGUGUACAGUUCACACUCACACAGCAAACCACCGGGCAGCAGCGGGCUGAACUUUGAGCCUCUUUGGGGCCUCAAAGUGAAUUUAACUCCUACCUUCUCUGUGUACAGUCACGUAUGGAGAGAAUUUACCUCCAUAAAUCAGAGCUGCCGAUAAUGUAGGUGGUCAGGAGCGUCAGUACUUGUGGGCAACUGUGAGCACCCACGGGCCAUGUUGGAAAAACACCAGAUAAAUAAAAGAGUGGACACUGCAGGAGUUGAGUUUUACCUCUGAGGUAAACAGAACUGUUUCUACAUAAACUUAACAACAGAUUUUACUGCGUUUCUCCCGUUUAUAGGUUCCAUAUUUAAACAGAUUAUUUUGCACCAUGUUGCGAGCUGCAGCUGGAUGACCUCGGGGUCGCACACUUUGACUAAAAAGAUGCUUUUCACCGGUCUGUCGAUGCUGAUUCUGCAUAAAAACUCAGAAAGCAUUGGCACAGGGUUUAAUUUUCUGCAUCAGGCAUGUUUUGUUUUCAUUUGAAGUACAAAUCCUAACAUCUGCUAGUUUUUUAUUUUAUUUCUUGGCAGGCUUUGGUUGUAGAAGUGUUUAGAUUGCCAACAGCCCAUUGCUCACAGAGACUUCAGCGCCAUCAGGUGAUAGCCAAGCAGCAAAAGUGUUAAAAACCUGCACAUUUUCAAGCCUCUACUUGAGUCUGGUUGUAAACAAAAAGCAAUCCUUAUAAAAAUGUAUAAAAAAAUGUCCAUUUGCUCAAUUUAUUUGUGCACACUGUAACACAUCUGUUUUGAAUUGAUCGAGGCGAAAGAUUAAAUAUAAAUUGGCACUGCUAUUGGCAGCUGACAGGUGGGUGUGUUGUAGCUGAGAGCCGACAUCAGCUCCGGCUGUUUACCCGUUUCAGCACUUAUCAAACAGUCCGGCUGAGUCAGCGUUUCUAACGUGAAAAUCCUCUGUUCCCUCAGGGACCGACGGCUGACGUCACAAACACUCCAUCAAUGUCAGAGAUGGUAACUAGUGGGUUUUUAAUGGCCUGUAAACAAAUGAGGCAUGAAAAAUGGUCUAUGAAGCCUGAAACAACACUCUGUAAACGUAAGUGAACCCAGGAGACCAGGUUCUAGAGUUUGGAAAGUGAGACCUGGCCCCAAUCUAGAGCAGCAGGACUCUCCUACUACAGAGCCAUGAAGUUGUAAUCCCUGCAUAAUGUGGUUCCUCUUUGUCUGGAUGGCAGAAGAUGUUGCUCCUAAAUGACUACAGAGUCAUAUGUAUUCUCAGUGAAAUUUCCACCACAUCCUGAACGACUAUGUAAAGGCCAUAUCCGCCGAUCGUAGCUGAUCGUAACCAUUCAAGUUAACGUGUCAAUUUCCACCGGCUUCUUUCUGUUUUCCGCUGCUGAUCUCCGGACUCCACAGCUGAUCAUUUUUUCCAGACGCCGAAGGAUGUCAGAUAAAUUCAGCACAGAUUAACCCGUGCUGGAAAGGAAGUCGGGCACAGACACAAAAUAAAACAUCCGGCUUCUUUUCAAAAUAAAACACUCCGUGUUUCAGGAGGAUCGUAUUUCACACCAUGCAAACGGGCGGAGAUGAACAAGUGAAAGGUUUUUAGAUGUCAUUUAACCCCGAUGACACCAUGGAUGAGGAGAUGCUGAUUCUACAAGUCGAGAGGUAGUUUUCCUCCUCUGGGAGGAAACGAUCUACUGCUUAUAUGGUUAGCCUUUGUGGCUAAAGACAACUUGUUAUCGCGCGAUUGCACAUGAAUUCGCGGGUCCUUGAGAGUUCUCAUGAUUCCUGCUGUCCAUAAUCCACCAGGAAAUUUGCCUCCCAAACAGAUCCGGUAGGACAACGGCGUAGGGCAAAAAUCACUGCUGUUCCAGAUCAGAGCCGUUGCGGAUGCGAUGGAAAUCCCGGGCAACAUGUUUUUGAACAUGUUGCAUGUUUGUUUUUUUCUUAGUUUUAGCAGUUGAGUUGUUGUAUUUGCUCUUUUUAAAUCUUAUAUUUGGUUUAAAUCAGGGAUAGGAGGCCCUAUCAGUAUCAGGGCCAAUUCCGGCCUUAUUUCAAUGUAAGGAGUUUCACCACAGUGAAUCAUCAUUGGUGUCACGUCCUGUUCAGACUUUAACAAACCCGUGAACAAUUGUGAGAACUGUGAUGUCACAGUACAGGACUCUGUUAAAAAGAAGCAUGUUAGCAGCUUGUUGUGCAAUGCUCCAGCUGUUUGCUUCACCGCUGAUAUUUGGAGCGGCAACGUGAGUCCCGUGUGUCAAAAAUUAUCGGUCAUUGUGUGAAUUGAUAUUUUAUGUAUCAAAAGUAUCAGUGGAAUCAGUUCUUGGUAUCGGUAAGUACUCAAGAGUGAGUUUUCGUACUGGUAUUGGUCUGAAAAAAAGUGUCAUUGAACAUCUCUAGCUUAAAUGACUCGCAAACCAUCAAAAUCUGUUUUUAUCAACAUCUUACAAUCAAGGUUGUUGUGUCGUGAUCAAGUUCUGGCCAAACCAGUUGUCAGUUUUCAGAAAGUAAAGCCUUUCUCUGAUUUUGAUCAAUAGAUAACUCCCAUUUGAGGCUUUCAUGGAGUAGAGACCAGACUAUUAAGACCUAGUGUAAGAAGAGCGAGGCAGUGAUAAAACAAAUUUAGCUCUGACGCCACAAAACAGAUUCAGAUCAUGAAGUGGAAAUCAAGAUCUCAGGCAGACUCUCUGAUUUCUGAUCCUGAACACGGUCUCGUGUUUUGUGCCUUAGUAAUCCCAAACCAGAUCAGCAUGUUCUGCAGACUAAGCUGUGGACUGGCCGAGCUGGGAGCUUCAGGAGGUCAUUGGGUGUCAUAGUAACACACUUCAAAAGUCUGCACACGACCACGUCUAGACGUCACCUCUUCACGUGGCUUUAAAGCUCCAGCCUGAAAUCCUCGGAUAUUUCCAAACAAACAGAUCCAGAGACAGCCGGGUUUUAGACGCUUCACCGCCUCUGAGGAUGUUCAGGCUCUUAUAAAUCCAUGUGUCAGAUGUUUCAGAGCUCACUCUCUGUACUUGAGGUCUGAUUUCGGAGAAACUCGCCCUGCCCUCUUGGCCCUGAGAGCGCUGGCUUUGAUGCAGUAAAACGGGAUAUCCGAGAGCAGAUUUAAACCUGGUCCAGGGCUGAGAUCUUAAUCAACGGCUCGUUCUUAAUUGGCUCUGCUGAAAGCUUGUAAAGGUCAGUACUGGGUCACUCUGGAAAUAAGAGCAGAGGGUGAAAAAAAAAGAACCUGGUAAACCUCUUAGAAAGCUAAUGAACUGCUCCACAAAGAGGCACAUUCUUCAAAGGAUGAGGGUUGAAGUCACAGGGCUCGCUGACCGGGCAGCGCUGCAGGCUGGCGUCCCGCCGACAUGUGGAGGACACCUCAUAGAGCCUCUUUAGACCUUAGUGAAGGGAGAGGAGGAGCCCUGUGGGAGAGAACCGGUCCUAACCGCUGAAGAUCGAUCAGUUACAGGGCUCUGAAUCCUUGCCCACAUCCUCAAAGUUCCUCAGACUCUAAAGGGUCUCUUGUUUUAGUCGAACACAUCAUGGCUUUGAGUUUUGGUGCAGAAAGAACGAGGGCAACAGCAGGGGCUCCGGACUUCAUGACUUUUAAUCAUUGUGGUAUAUACAGGAGGAGGGGAGGGGGCGCAUGUUGAACCUGAGGCAAACUAAAUCAGUAACCCACAUCCACUCACAAAGAUCUGUCACCAUCUGCUGUGGAGGGUCCAGUACUGUUUGGAUUUCAAUAUGAAUAUCAAUAUUAACGUUACCUUUCACAUUAAUAGAAGAGAGUCUGACAGAAUUUGAUGCGCUCGUUGAUGACUCAAAACAAGCCGAAAAAAACGCUGUGUGUUGUUGUGCUCACACAGUGCAAGUAGAAAUCAUUAAAGGAUCAUUGUUAUUUAUGAGCAUGUGAAAUUUUAGUAGCAGCGCACAUAAUUCAGCAGCGGUGGUGAAUGAAUGUCGGGGAAACACUGGAUUUACAGAUUCUGCUUAGACUUUCCUCUUUGUAAAAACCUGAAGGUCUUAAAAAACACGUUUCCUCCCGAUCUAUCCAGGAGGACCAUGUUUGGACAGAGAGCUGGAGUCUCUUAAUGUCUGAAUCUGUCAGUGGUUUUUCCCUCGUGAAGGUCUCUGUCCAGUUCUCUCAGGAGACUCUGGCUGCAGGUCCAAAAGUUCCGGUUACACAGCUGCAGGAGAAGCUGUCCAACAGAAACAAGAACAGAAAUACGACCACUCGACGCUCAUAAAGUUACCCUUCAAUCAUCUAUCAGCUGGUCAUAUCCGUCUUUUCUGUUUGUUUGUUUGUUUACUUCACAGUUUUAUUUUCUCCAGUUUUCUUGUGAAACGUCUCCCCCCUUUUUUUCCUCUCCCUCAUGACUUUUAUCUCCUUUUGUUUCUCUCUUACUUCUUUAUAUGUUUCAUUAUUUCUGUCCUCAUACGUCUCUUCUUCUUCCUUUUCUUCUUCCUCUCUUUAAGUUCUUUGAAAGUUCACCUCCAUACAAAUUAAGCCAAUCAUGGCUGGCGGCUUCCUAAAGUGGAUGAAGAUUUCAGAUGAGGAGAGAGGAACCAUCAGGCCUCACAGUCAGAGCGUGUUAUGUAACGGAGCAUGUUUACGGAUGGUCGUCGACAGUUAUUUAAAGGUUUGACUCUUUGUUCCUCGUCCUGUCACAUGAUCUCUGCUCACAGUUGGGCGACUGUUUGUUACCACAGAGUUUCCAACUGAUGAAGCAACGUCGACCUCCGCCGUGAGCCCGUGUUGUUUUCACACAGAGAGGAUGGCUGCAGCAGAACAAACACCAUGCAGGAACAUUUCAGGAAAUGUUGCCCAAUAUUCAGUCCACCAUGAGAACACAACCAUGUGGCCUCAAUCUGUGCCGAUCUUAGAACAGUGGACCUCACAGUCAGUAAAUCUCCUCUUCGGGGAUCUGUGAUCUGGAGUAGUAAAAACCGAAGACCUGAACGUUUCCAACUUCGUAUGUGACCUCUCACAGCCCUCAUCUAGAAGCCUCCGUAAAUCCUGGACCUCCACGCUCGGAAAGGUCAUCCUUUGAUUUCGGAGAGGUGUUAUGCAGCUCUGCGAUGGUGGUCACCACAUUGGAAACACUGACUCACUUCACUUUUAUUUUAAAUAUGGAGACCAGAUUUUGCCUUGCGUAAGAGUGCAGAACUCUUCUACUACUGAGCCAUGAUGUAGAUAUUGUUCAGCAUUCAUGGAGCCUUCACAGAUGUGGAAGUUAUCCAUACCGUGAACUCUCAUGACCCCCAUACCAUCAGGGAUGCUUGCUUUGGACUGGGAGCUAAGAAGAAGUCAGGUGUUGCAUGAUUACCAAGAAGGAAGUCAAUCCUUAGUCCAUCUUGAAUGGGGUUACCUGGAUUAGUGGCUGCAGUGACAAACUGUGCUUACAGACAACAGUUCACAGUUUGAGCCUAUGCAGUGAUUUCCACUACAGAGUCAUGUCUGAUUUUGAUUCAGUGCCCUCCAGAACUGGUUUUGGUCCUCACUCACGCAGUCUCUCACAGAGUGGUGAGGCCUUUGAUUUGUUGCCCUCGGAUCAAAUCAGUUGUACUCGACAUAAGCGUCCCUCCUCUUUAAGAGUUGGUGUAAGUGGCCAGCUAAGUUGGUUGUUCACAUCGGGGGUCGGCACACCCCCUGAAGUUUGAAAAUUAAAAAAAGGGUUUAAAUAGUGAUUUUUGUUGUUUUUGUUUGUUUGUUGUUGUUUGUUUGCUCUUGUCAUUGAGUGCAGUUGGUCUGGGGUUGAGUACAAGAGGCUAUUUAGAUCCAGUAUGCACCCUUGGUAGGCAAGGAGAGGUAGGUGGCGUAAAAUUGUUUGGGUGGCGUGUUAGUGUUUUUGCAAUUGGUCUUAAUUAUGUUGGGGAAAAUUGUUCCGAAUGCUAUCAUUGUGAUUUUUUUUUAAUAGUAAAGUUGUGUUUGUGCUAAUAUUUAAGUACUGUUUUGUACGAAUUUGUUAUGUUGAAAAAUGAUUUGUAUUUUUGCUUUGUUUUUGGUUUCACAGUACUCGAAGUGAGGAAUAAAGAAAUAAAGACUGUACCAGUGACUGUAUGCUGUGUUUUAUCGAUACUGAGGGCUGUAACAGUUGGAUUUAUAAAACACUAGAGCCUGGGUCAGAUGCACAUUGAGUGUUUUAAUCUGUGUUAAUGACUAUUAUGAAGGUCUAUUGUUGCAAAGGAUCACUUCCUGUAAGUUGUGUUUAAAAUGUUGCGGACUUUACAAUUUCGUGCUUUUAUUUUGAAGUACUUCCUCUUUAGUAUGUAGUGGUUAGCUAGUAGACGUUAACUUGACGGAUGCUGAGAAACGAAGCUCGGAUUGUGUUUUCUCGUGUUUCUCGUCCAUUGAAGCACCUGGCUGCAGUGAGAACAAGGUAUUUGGUUUUCAUAACUUUUAUUCUUGAUUUUCAUAAACGUAUUUACAGAAAUACCGUUUUAUUAGAGGCACUUUUGAAACAAACUCCUCAAAUACGUUUCUGUCUUGCUAGUUUCUCAUGAUUGGCCGUCGCGUGCAUGCUAACGGCUGCACUCGUUAGCGUUUCGUCAUUAUACGAUGUUUUAAUGCAGUGUUCAAGUUACCUGGGAAGUCAGAAGUCGGAGAUGAAAUGACGUUACGCCCGAGUUCCCAGCGUGUCAGUUACCAAGUCGGCAAAAAGCAAAAUCGGAGCCCUGAAACAAGAUGGCGACAUCUACGAAAGUUAUUUUGGCGCUAACCGAUCCGUCCCGGAAGCGAAUCAGAGUCAAAGGAGGCGGGACUUCCCCCUACUAUCCUACGAAAAAAAAAAAAAAAAAACGCUCCCGGAAAUCUGACUGGGUAAGGUAAUGUCUUUCGUAGAUGUAGCCAUCUUGUGUCCGCCUCUGAUUUUGCUUUUUUUCCGACUUGGUAAUAGUUUUUCUUUAUUAUGUAUAUUUUUUAUUACUGAAGAGUCGAUUGAAAAGGAGUUGCGUUCAGAUACAACGUCAGGGCUGAACAUGAUUCAAAAUGCUUCAGAAAUCAUCAGUACGCUUCAUAAUUGUCCGGCCUUCACUGUGGACUCUGUGUGACCGACCGCUCAUCAGUCAGUGUCAUGGUUACAUUCCUCUCUGUGUUUCUAUGAAAGCGAUGAUGAUCUGAUUCUCAGUAAUCAUGGCGCUGAUACAGUGAUGACUUCCAGGUGGAUCUGAGUGUUGGAUAAUCAGACGUUCAGAUUGAGCAGAUCCUCGCAGAGACAUGUUUUCUCCAGCUCUCACAUGUGUUCAGGAUAAACUGUCUUAGCAUCAAACGGCGUCUUUUUUUUAUUGACCAUGGGAACCCGAUUUCUUUCAGGUGUGGGUGGAGAAGUGAUGGCGGUUUUAGAUUGAUGAAUCCAAGGUUGUUGUCUGAGAUAUCUUGUUUCUGCUACUUCUUAUGUUAACAUAGGAUCUUUUGGUGACAACGCACUUACAGCUGAUCAUCUCAUGUGGGUGGAGCUGCUGUCUGCAGGAAUCAAACCCUCCUCCCGUACACAGAUGUGUGUUUAGACCUCUGACGCUGCCCCGUGUUUGUCCAUCUCCGCAGAAUCACGUUUAUUUCUUCAUGUGAGGAUCCCCUCGGAGCCUCGGCCCAGUUAUAUAACCGAGAGCAGAGAUAACACGACCCAGAGUUCAGCUGCAACCUAAAACCGUCUGCUUCAUGGGUAUAAAUCUUUUGAUUUAGUAUGUUUUACACCGGGAUGCUCCUGUGAGCCUGAGGUUUAGAAUGGGACCCCUGUCCUGAGGGGGGCCCGAGGUGGAGGUAGCAAUGCAGGAAGACCAACUCAGUCUCUUUGAUAGUGAAAUACACACCACCUGGGGCCUGGAGAGCAAAUAUGGCACCGUGCUGCGAGAGGUCAGCGAUGUACGAGAUGAAGAAUGUGGGACAGUGUGUGGUCUUCGCAGAAACCUGAGAACCUCCGAGCUGCAGACGUGCACGGUUUCAGUCUCAUUCAGUUCGUGACCAAAAUAUCUCUAUGAUCCAAAAUUAGCUUUAGAGUCCAGGAUCAGAAAGAAGCCAAGAAACUGGCAGCAGUGACUCCGAUGUGAACCCUGUGGAGCGGAUUCAUCCAAAACGACCGCGUUCACCGAGAAGUCCAAUAAUUCAGACUGUCUGAAAACAGAACAGAGAUGGACCUGCACAGAUAGACCUGCUGAGGCCUUUUAAACCCAGAAACAACAAUUACAUCUCUCUUAUUAUCAUUGUCAUUUUAACUCCUUGAUCACAGACAGAGCUCAUACCUGGGCCACCCAGGUACCAUCUAUGUGCAGGAUACGCUGGUGCAAUGCUAUCUCCACAUGACUUUUCAGGAUGGACAUCAACAUCUCUGAACUAAAGUCAGCGUACACGAUGACAGCAGGGGACGUUGUUGUUUGUUUUUAACAUUAGAUCGAAAAAUCUCCCAAUAAUAAACUUUUAAAUGAUCCCGUUCUUUCUUAUUCUGUUAGUUCUUGUUUAGGAUAGAAGAUUCUCCACACCUGACAGAGAGAGACAUGUCUCUCUAAGGGCCGAUACUGCGUCACAUUUUCAUUUGCAUUCACUGACGUUAAGAGAUGAUUUAGUGAAGGUAUCUUUAAUUAUGAUAAUUGUUGAAUUUAGGCGCACACGCUGAUAUUAAGGCCUGUCUCACAGAAACCAACCACAGCUUCGAGAUGUAUCAGGGGAGUUAGCGGGUGAAGUCAGCGUGUGUGUGUGAAUCAGGUGUACUGUGUGUAUCCGUAAUGUGAAGUAGAGUGCUGGUAUUCAUCUCUGGAGCCAGCGUUCGCUCUGUUUCUCUCCUCGGGACGUGACUCUGGAAGUCCUCCAAGGACACGGAGUCAAGCAGUGUGCCAACUCCGAGCCAGCAGAGCUCUUUCAGACACCCACCGCACAAAAGAACAAACAGAACAGCGAGUACCGCAUAGGAUCAGGUUGUAGGUGCUGGGACUUCUGGGAAACAGGGGAGCUGAGGGGUACGUGACGGAUCCCUCGGGGGUGGGCGGAGAUUUUUUUUUUUUUUCAGGAGGAACUCCCAUCUCAGGAAACUAAUGUGCACGUGCGGAGAUGGGGGCUUCCUCUGUGCUUCUCAGAGAGAGAGUCCAGUUCGCUUGAAAGGCCAGAACUGACCGAGCCAACGUUGUAAAUUUGAAAAGCUCAGGGGGGACGUGGACUCAGAAAGUGCCUGAACUUGGAUUUAUUUUUUAAAAAGAAUUAUUAUUAUUAUUAUUAUUAUUAUUAUAAGGAGGAAGAAGGGUGUCAGUAUAUUUACAGGUCUUGAUAAAGUUAACAGUAGCGGUUAAGGAUCAAGUUAAAGUAUCUGAUCUGAGACUUGUUUAAUCUGUUCAAACAGACGAGAUUUACAUAUUUUUGGUUUUACGUUUUAAAAUAUUUCAAGACUCUGUUUUAACCCAAAGUUCAAAAGAAAGUUGCAUCCAUUGAAUUUCUCUGAAUAUCUUCCUUUCAUUAUGUAACUGAAAGGAUUCCUCUGUCAGGGAGAUUAAAGUUUGGAUACCGCCCCACAUCUCUCAGGUUUUCUGCGUUUGUGUUGGUUGGUUUUCGGAGGCUCUCUCUCUCUCUCUCUCUCUCUCUCUCUCUCUCUCUCUCUCUCUCUCUCUCUGCCUAAACUUGCAGCUGUCAAACGUCUCUUAUCAAAACAUUUCCACAUCCACAGAUCAGAUCUGCUGCGGGAAAUUCACCGUUAUGUCACAGCCACGUCGCUCUCUUGGACCGCAUAUAGGUGAAAGUUGAUCGACGUGAUUUCAGCGUCAGAUUAAGAUUAAACAAACGGAUCGAAUCGGUUUCCCUGCCGGCGCUGCAGGAAUUCGCUUGUAACUCGCUCUGAUGGGAUUUCACCCGUCAGUGUUUUUUAUAAAUCUCUUUUUUGUAUGUUUGUGGAAAAGCGUGCAGCGUGUUCAAGCCUUUUACUGCAUUAUAAAACCAGACGAUAUCCUACUGACAAUAAUCUACCGCUGCACUGUAAACUUGGCUGUUAAUCUAGACUACAAUUAACUGAGAUUACACUCUUGAAACGGAUCCAGAUUCUCCUCUUGUUACUGUAAAUGACACAAUGUGCUUUUUAAAUGAUUAUCUAUCGUGUCCUACUGUAAAACCUGUCAAUAAUCGACUAUUACACUCUGUUAUAGGAAAUCAAAGCCUCCUGCUGACACACAGUAAAACCCACAUAACAACGCUGUGAAAUAAGUCAGAGAGGAACGACAAAAACACCUCAGGAUGUUACUCUAUAAGACAGACAGCAAAUCUCUGUUUUUCCAAUGAUACUCAACAAUCAUCUCGCUCAGUUUAAUUAUCAUCACUAAAAUAAUCUUUAUUUCUCUCGGUGUAAAAUGCAUCGAUUCACAUGUAGUUCUGCAGCAUAGUGCAAUAACCCAGUUUGCAUGUAUUACCGUAACACUUGGACGAAUCGCCCUGUAUCAGAAUCUGAUUAGAUACGACUUUAUCGUCAGAGAGAGUACGAGAUGUGUUCGUCAGCCUUGACGCGUCUUUCUGAAAGUGACUGACCUACAGUCUCCUGAUCAGGUGGACUUCAAACUGGACGAGCACACGUCCUGCUCUGCUGUAGAAGAAUCAACAAACUUGGUUUUGGUGUCUGAAUCACUCACUUUGGGUCUCUGUUUCUUCUUCUCUGAUGUUCACAGUAGUUGCUCUGACAGCUUGUGUGAGAACAGAAAUUGUUGUGUGUUGUGGUCACACAUCUGCAUCUCUGUGAAAACACUCUGCCUCCUCCUCCUCCUCCUCCUCCUCUCCUGUUCGUUUUUUUCUGGAGCAACAUCUGAUAAAGUUUUUUUACUUCCAAAAAUCCCCCGAUUACUUCCCGUAAAUACGAGUCAGAAAUUACCAGAGAUGUUGAAGGUUUGGUGAAACUGUUCCAAAAACAAAAAAAGUGUUUUUGUCUUUUUAAACUUUAUUAAAACUCUGUGUGUGUCUGCAGGUUGUGACAGCGGGUUUGGAAACGUGACGGCGAAGCGUCUGGACGCUCUCGGCUUCGAGGUGUUCGCCACGGUGUUGGACCUGUCAGGAGACGGAGCCAGAGAGCUGCAGAGGACCUGCUCGCCCCGCCUCACCCUCCUCCAGGUGGACAUCACCCAGCCGCAGCAGGUCCAACAGGCGCUGCUGGACACGAAGGCCAAACUGGGCCUCAAAGGUAAUGACCGGCUGUUCACAGAAACCACAAAUAAACAUGAUCCGGGGACUUCUUUAGUCCUGAUCCUGUUAAAGUGAGACAUCAUUUCACUCUAAAACUGCAGAAACUGGUCUCCUGGGUUUACCGGGGUUUACAGAGCGUGCAGUCGUAGUCCCUGAUCCGCCUCAGUUUCUGCAGAGUGUGUGAUAUCCCUGCAGAGUGAGGAGAGGAUCAUGGGAGGAAAUAUCUGAUCAUCUGGGACGAGAUGAAUUUGAUUUGAGGAGUAUGUGAGGAGUAUUUGAGAGUAUUCGGUGUUGGUAGUCUCGUGUUUCACGCACUGACAUCAGAGCACACACACACACACACACACACAGAGGCUUCCUGCUCUCUGAUUGGCUCAGACCUGCAGCUCCCACUGGCUUUGUAAUUAGUCAGCUCAGACCUCUGGCUUUACCUCGGGGUCAUUUAAGGACAAACUGAGUGUGUGUGUGUGUGUGUGUAUGUGUGAGAGAGUGUGUUAGUGUAUGUGUGUGUAAGUGAGUGGGCGGGUGGAUGUAAUAAAAGAACAAGAGGGAAAGGUCACGUAAAACACACUCCCAUGCACUCAAGCUGGAACCGUGCUCGGAUGUUUGGGUGUGUUUAUUUAUCUAUGUGUGUAUACGUGUGUGCAUACGUGUGUGUGUGUGCGUGCGUGCGUGUGUGUGUCUUGUGCAGGUUGUGAUUAGUGGAAACUGAACCCUCGGUGCAGAAAGGUGUGUGACAGCAGGUUUCAGGCUAAACUCAAACAUUAUGGGACCAAAGAAAAUAACCCUCAUAUGUGUUUGUGUGCGUUGAAUAUUACAUAAAUAUAUAUGUUUAUAAAUAUAAAGCUUUAUUAAGAAGUAUUACAAUCUCACACACACUGUAUUCCAAUCUCAGUCCAUAAUCUGGUUCAGGCUGUGGUCCAAAUGAGGUGUUUACAUUCACAACAGAGUGUUGAGCUCCAGGAAUGUAAAUCUGCAUAUUGUGAAUGAAGCGCUGACGUAUAGCAGUAGAAGCUGUUGCAACAUCCUCACACCAGAAUAUACUACACAUUCCUCCCUGCAACAGUUCCUAUGCCAAGUCCACGGGUGUUUGCUUUAGCGCUGCAGUUUGUGUUCUUAGCAGCUAUACGCCGUCAUCUGAAUCCUCUGAGCGGAUUGUGUUGAAGUGGUGUCGUAUAUGUGAUGUUGUGUUGUUUUUAGGUCAUGUUCUGUUCAGGGAUGGACUUUCAUUCAUUGAUUCUGCUUAUCAGUCAAGUUCUUCAUCAGUUCCUGUGGAUGAAGGUGGUCAGUGCAGGUUUUAUUAGGUUUUAUUUUAUUUAGGCCCGACUGAUUUAUCGGUGAGCCGAUUAAAUUGGCAAAUUUUAGCCCGUUUGAGACUAAUCGGUAAUCGGCCAAAACUCAUCAGCCAUAUUUCAGAAAUAAAAUGCAGAGAAUAAGAUUCUGUUUCACUUCGAAAAUUUUCCACCAUUUAACGGUGUAAUAUGCAAGCUAAAGUUAGAGUUAGCCAUUCUUGUCUGAGUUUGAUCAGUCGGUCUUCCUGUCGGUGUGAAGAGCAGUAAUCUAUAGUAUAUCUGCAGUAUACUAUAUAUUUUUAAUAACUUAAUAAAAAAAUUUAAAAAUCGUCUGAUUAAUCGGUAAUCAGAUUUUUCCCCUCUAAUAAUCGGCAUCAGCCCAAAAAAAUCCACAUCAGUCAGGCCCUAGUUUUAUUCCUGUCAAUGUGCCACAGUAAAGCCUGGUUCCUGAUUGGACCUUUACAGGUCAGCUGAUCACUGUUAUAUGAAAUCAAACACAGGAGCUUGGUCGGUGUCAGACUAAUUUAGUGAGACUUUUUAAAUCAAAAAACAAAUUAACAUGUGAACAGGACAAAAUCUGCAGUGGCGACUUUGUCCACAUGAGGGCGCCAGAAUCAACACGGAGCAAAAGUUCCCCACAGGAGCUUUAACUUUUGCAGCUAGAUGUCAGAUUUGUAUUUAUUGAUAAAUAGAGCUGCUUUGUUUCAUGUUUCUGCUUCUUUCUAAAAUGUUCCUGAAGGUCUGUUUUACACUCGGUCCCGUGAUAAUAAACAAAGCCCACUAUCCCGCAGAAAAGCGCAGACAGGAAGUCACCUGUCGGGCCGGUCAGGUGUUUGUUGGCCUGCCAGCCUGGAUGUUCUUUUCCUGGUUAUCAUUCAUUAGCUCUGGAACAGUUCAGCCCAAACAAAGCUCCCUCAGCCGCUCGUUAAACAAAGCGUGGGAUUCUGGGUCAGUCGCUGUGGAUGAGGGGCGAGCGAGGCUUGUUUAGAACAAGAGAGAGAGAGAGGGAGAGCUGACCUAAUGGUGCAGUACAGGCGCCUGUAUUGACUGUGAUUACAGACUUAUGUUCUCAGAGACAGAGGAGACUGUAGGGCCGAGAGGAGGUGCGGGAGGAGUUACAUAAACACAAAGAUCACAUGUUCACGGCCUUGACAUCAUUACCCAGCACUCAGACACGGCUCUUUAUACCUUCAAUUCAUCGGAUUUACUUAUGGUGGGCUGCUCAAAUUAUAGAGCAAACAGGCGAACACAGCCUCAUUAUUCAGCUGUAAAGCCCAGAAACAAAAGUAGAGUCAUGAAUUACAAGUUUGAUGAAGGAAUAAACCACCAUGACGGUUUUUCUGAGCUCUCUGCAGAAUCAAACAGCAGCACCAAAUGUAGUUAAAAUAAUUUAUCGAUCAUUCGUGUUUGUAAUCGUCAAUAAAAGAGGGAAUGUGAUUAAUUUAUCAUGAUCUCUUGACCAAUACAAGAUUAAAUUUUGUGUCUAUAAGAGAGCAAUUACCAUAACGAGUUAUGUAUAUUGUCAAAGACACCUCCCAUCCUGGUCACCUCCUGUUUGAACUUUUGCCGUCAGGCAGACGCUAUAGGACAAUCAGAUCCAGAACGAACAGACUUAAAAACAGUUUUUUUCCAUCAGCAAUAACUACCCUCAAUGCCUUAAGGAAGGCUAAGAUUGACUGAAUACCUAUUUACUCAUUUACUUUAUUUAUUCGGAACUUAUUUAUUUAUUUAGAACUGCUAUUUAUUACUGUAUUUGUUUUUAAUGAUGCACUGACUGUCUGGCACUUUUUUAAUUUCGUUGUACUGGUUACAAUGACAAUAAAGGACUAUUCUAUUCUAUUAUUCUAUAUCUAACUUAGGGCUGGACGAUAAACCGAAAAUUUACAGAUACCAAAAUUUACAAAAACCAACAUCAUUUCACCCAUAUCGGUAUAUUCGGUGUCAAAAAAUAAAUAAAUCAAAGUUGUUUUUGGAUGUGUGUAGGUAGGCUAUGGUCUCAUGUCCCUUUUAAGACACUGUCCUACGUCAGAGACGUGACUCCACCCCAUCCAGUCUGUAACAAAGAGGGAAAGACAGGUGAGGAGAUGGAGGACGGAGAGAAAGUUGGAGCGGCUGAAGUAGACGAAGUUAAUGUGGGAGGGGGUGAGCAGCUUGUGGAGUAGUUAUCGUCCAUUUAUCAUUAUUGAGGUGAACUGAUCAAUAUAUCGUGAUAUUGAUUAUUUGAGGUCAUAUCACCCAGCCCUGAUCUAACUUUUAAAAUGUGGUUCACAGAACACCAGUUUCCUCCAGUUUUGUAGAAACUUUUGUUGCAACCAAGCUGUAAUCUUCAGAGGGAAAGUACAAAAAACUGCAGUUCCUAUAGUGUCCACUAGAGGCUGGCUGCAAAGCCAAGGACUUCCCAUUCAGUCCUAUUUUAAUCAAACAUGUUUACAGCCUCACUGCACAAACAGGUGAAGUUCAGUGCAUGUUUACAAAAGGCUGAAGUCCACCUCUUCACCUGUUUCCAGGUUCAGUCACCUUUUAGAUAUCAAAGCGUCACUUUAGUCAUCAACAGGAGCAUAAAAUCUACGUUUGUAAAGUUAUUUUAAUCAUGAUGUGCUCGGUCUGAACUAUACAAGUGCAGCGAUGUAGGAACUGUUGAUAUCUGCAGGCGUGAGCUUUUGUUUCUUCUGUUCUCUGAAAAUUUCAGACGUUUGUAGAUCUGCGUUACUAGAAAGAGAAAACCUCCUCUGACCCGACUUUCUACACACUUCUGGCAGAUUUAUUUUAGGACAUUCAGGUUUUAUAAAUAAAGGUGUACGGAUGUUUAAACAGACGUAAAUAUUUAGAGUCAAACACGCUGUAAAGAGUGUUGAAAGCUCGCCACAUUAAACAGGCACACUGAAGGUUCAAACUCGUGUCAACACGUCCGUUAUGAUUGAAGUGCUUGUUUCUGCUCUCCACCGCUGUGUAAACACACCUCUGAUCUCUGUUGUGUGUCUGUGUCUGUGUGUGUGGCAGGUCUGUGGGGCCUGGUGAACAACGCCGGCGUGUGUGUAAACUUCGGAGACGCCGAGCUGUCCCUGAUGUCAAACUUCCGUGGCUGCAUGGAGGUCAACUUCUUCGGCACGCUCAACGUCACCAAGAGCUUUCUGCCGCUGCUGCGACAGGCCAAAGGUCGCAUCAUCACCAUCUCCAGCCCGGCCGGUGUGUAUCCAACAACCACACACACGCACACACGCAGAGAAGCUGUAAUAAAUCAGAAUCGAAUGUUCCAGAUGAAGUGAACCACAGAUGAACUGACUGCUGCCUCCAAACAGCCAAACUAAACAAACAGAGCCGCUGCUCGUCUUUGCCGCCUGUUUAUCCAACCGAAUCCAUCACCAACCUUCGCCUCCCCCACGACAGAUUUAUGAGCGCUGCAGGUUCUUAGAUUUCACUAACGUUGUGUUCAGAGUUUGAUCUUUUUCUUCUUGGAAAAGCCAUCAAAGUUAAUUCUUCAAACUCAUAAAACUGAACUGGAAUCAGAAUAAUCCCUCUGCUGCACAUCCGCUAAGGUAAAGUGAGGAUACGGGGAGAUCUCAGCUCUUACAGGAACUAGUGACGACAGCGUCUGCCUGUGAUUUCUGCUAAGAUUGCAGAGAGAGUGCGAUGAAUUAUCCCAGAGCAACUGAGGUCUGAAAUCAACACAUUAAAUCUUUGAUUUGCACUCUGAGACGUCUCCCUGCUGCAGCGGUGAUGGUAAAUAUAACACCGCUGCACUUUAGGAUGUCACAUUAAACUCUCACAAACUCCCAGACUGCUCAGAUGAUGAGCCAAGAGUAAGACGCUGUACGUGUCAAACAGAAUAGAAAUAUCACCGACUUUGAAUUUCAGCUCCAGAUUGAGGCUUCCAUCCUAAAGGUCCCGUUACUCAGACUGUCAGCCUCAAUACUCCAACACCGGAGUUUGCGAAUCACCACAGAUCUUUAGAUUAACUUAAACCAAAGACACAAGAAGAGGAACCAAAGUGAAACUCCUGAAAAGUGCAAAUGCUGUUUCAUUGAUUUGACAGCAUUAACACUUAAAUAAACGUCGAACAUGAUGUGAUUAAGUACAUUAUAAUAGUACAGAUUAACUCUUAAAAUCAACAUGAGCAAAGAUUUAAACUCUCAGCUUCUAUCCUGCAAAAGUCUGUCUGAAUGUAACCCCCGAGAAAGUCUCUGAAACAUAAAUGUCAAUGCUUUUUACGACCACAGUCAGCAGACAGCAGCAGACACAAUAAUCAAUAUCAGCACAAGCGGCUCAGUGUUUUUGUCUGGGGGAAAUAUUUACCUGGGGCGUGAAAGUGUCUGAGCAGACCAACAGUCUCCUGCUCUGAGGUUGGACUCGGUUGAACUGCUUCAUCCUUAAAUGCAAAGUUUGGAUGUGACAGAUCUACAAACUUUUUACCAAAUUCACGUUAAAGAUGCACUUAAAAUAUUAAAGGACGAGAAAAGACAGUAAUGGAUGGAUGAGUUUCCUGAUUUAGGAUUUUUUAAAGUCCAGAUCGGAAAUCUCACCGGAAACACCGGCCUCAUUCCCAGUAAACACACGUAAAUAUACACACCCACCCUUCUUUUAGGGUAUUACGAGGAGUUGGUUGUAUUACAUAAGCGCUCCCACAUAAAUGAGUUAAAUCUCAUUAUAUUUAAUCCUAUAUGUCUGUUGAUCGUUUCUAGUAAUCAGGCAGUACUGGUGAGCUUAUUCCAGGAACUCUUCGGUAUCCACAGCAGCCUGUUCUCCUCACAAAGCCGUCUUUAUCUCAGAGCCAGGGGGGUAAAUCACAGAUUUAUACAGCCUGUGAUCUGAACCCAUGACCUAUAAUUAGAGGCAUCCUCCUCAUCCUCCUCCUCCUCCUCCUCCUGCACGAGGUCCAAAUCCUCGUCAAACCGACCCUGUAAAUUGCGGGUUUAAUGACAGGCUCAGAUAUCAUCAGUAACCUCUGAGGACAGCCUGAAUGAAUCUGCUUAUACUCUGAUCUGCAGAUCCGGUGAAAGUGUGAGCGGCUGUGGGCAGCAGUCUGCAGAAAAACAAGAACACAGCUCUGAAAUCUGACUGUCAAAACAAAUUAUCCGGAUAUUAGAGAGAAUUUUACCAAGAUGAGCAGCUGAACCAACGUUUGUGAAACUCCCGUAAUGAUUCAAAGGAUGGAAGUGUCGGACAGUAAGUGAGUGAAGCGGUCUCGUCUUGCAGGGGAGUUACUUUUUACACAGUUGAUCUCAGUCUUCGAUGGAAAAUCAAACAGUAACUGUAUGUUUGAGAACGUUCUUAACGAUCAGUUUACCGCCACUCGGUUAAAUCCUAACCCCCAAUUUCCACCGCAUCCAGGAUGUUCAUGAAGGCGAAUUUCGUGGAAGAUUUCAAAAACAGGAAUCAAGAGAACUCACAAGAACCCGCAGAUUCACGUUCAAUCGCGCGAUAACGAGACACAUAGACAUAUAAGCAGUAGAUUGUGUCCUUCCAGAGGAGGAAAUCUACUUCUAGACUUCUAGAAUCAGCAUCUCCUCAUCCAUGGUGUCAUCGGGGUGAAAUGACGUCUAAAAACCUUUCACUUGUUCGUCUCCACCCGUUUGAAAAGAAGCCGGAUGUUUUAUUUUGUGUCUGUGCCCGACUUCCUUUUCCUGCACGGGUUAAUCUGUGCUGAAUUUACGCGUCCUGCUCUGGUGUCAGGAAAGAACAGAACUCUGGCGAUCGGCUGCGAAGCCCGCUGUUACGCAGGGGGGCCGGAAAGAAGCCGGUGGAAAUUGACACAUAAACUUGAAUGAAAACGAUGAGUGCGAUCGGCGCCGACAGCCUUUUCUGGAUGCGGUGGAAUUUGUGGGUAACAUCUUGUCUGUCUUCCUGUGUUUUCAGGUGAUCAGCCGUUUCCCUGUCUGGCGGCGUACGGAGCGUCUAAAGCAGCUCUCAACCUCUUCACCAACACACUGAGACACGAGCUGGAGCCCUGGGGGGUCCACGUCUGCACCAUCCUGCCCUCCGCGUACAAGACAGGUAACAGCGCACCUCCACAACCCCAUCAUGAUGCAGGACAUCAUGCAGAAGCAUGAGAGCGAGAAAAUCUCUGGUCUUAACGGUGAAAACUGUCUUCAGGCGCACUCACAAAGGCGAAGGAGUAAAAGGCCCAGAGGCUUAAUUACGUUGGCAGUAAAUACAAUAAAAGGAAAUAUGUGGCUCCUGUAACUGUCAAUAUAAAAACCUUCAGGCUGCGUGACGUUGUAGAUCCUUACCUCUCUCUUCUGACCACACCCUGGAGAAAAUCCUGAUUUAUGUCUCGAUUCAUUGAAGGCUUUUCAUGAAGCGCCUGGAGAUAUCGCGGCUGUUUUUGUUACUGUGUGUCUCCCAACCAAAUAUCUGUGCCACACGCAAUCAGGAUCAGAAUCGAGUUUACUGCCAAGUGAUUUUUACACGCACAAAGAAUUCGUCUUGGUACCAUGGUGCGAAAACAUGAAACACAGAAGGACAGAACGGGUGGAAAGGGUGGAGCUUUGCCACAGCGCUACAUCAGCUCUUCCUUUCCCAGUCAUGUUAGUGUUCGAGGACAUGUGGUGAUUUCCACUACAGAGCCGUGUCUGUUUUUAAUGCAGAGGACUAAUGCUAAUCAAUGCAUCUUUAUUUGUUGGAAGUGCCCUUUAGUGUGUGAACAGAGGUCCCAUUUUUCAAACUUUAUUGCACCAAAAGAAAACAGAAGAAGAUGAUUGAGAAUCCAAACUCUGGAUUCAGUCUCAACAUGAGCCUGGAGCGGUUUCAGGAGGUGAUGGAAGGAGGUGAGAAACAGCCGAUCAGACGGUCAUCGAUCCUGAUGGGUCGGGACCAAACCAAACUCUCCAUCCUUCCUGUCGCCGCUCCGCAGUUUGGCCCCACGCUGAUCACGAUGACAGGUCCCCCCGCUGAGGAGAACACUUUUCUGACGAGGACCACAUGUGGGACGGAGGAUCUGUUUCCACACACAGUACAAAGACUAAAUCGCUGACUCUGGGUUUUGAAACCCUCGCAGGACGGAGGCUGAUUAGAGGGCUGAGGACACACAGAGUUGGCCGAUGGUCGUCUUCUCGCUCGUGUUUUUUCAUUCCUGGAAUCCGACGCUCCUCUCUGCGCUGCAGUUGUUGUGUUCAGGGGACUUCACCGGUGAUUCAUGUGGAGAUACAGAGCAGCUUUGAAGGCCAGUGGGCGAAGUAGUAUUUAGAUAAUCAUCUGAUGAGUCAUUGAACGCAGCUCGGCACACUUUAUCCUCCUGUUCUCACUUUAAUCCUACAGGAACGGGUUUGUGUUCAAACUCGUAAUCCUGCCGUUACUCUUUAGGAUUUCGGAGCAGCUCCUUUUGGCCGUGGGCCGACUGAGUCGAUGAACUUUAUCCAGACUCCGUGUUGACACCCCGCUCGCUGCUCCGACUCUCCUUCACACGAAAAACAGUCAGCGAUCGCUCCUGCUGACUCACACAACGGCGCUCUCCGAGUUCGCACCUCAGAAAUGUUACAACAUGCUGCAAACUGGGAUAGUAAUGAGGCGGCGGGCUGCCAAAGAGUUUUUGAUUCAUCUGUUGUUUCUUAACUAGAGGCUACAAAUGUCAAAUAAUGAGUCACAAACACUGACGAGACAAAAAACUGUCAAAGCGGCAGCAGCGCCGAAUGAUGGUCAGUAAAGUCACACGGCCAUCGUGAUUUUUCUGCUCAUUUAAGUUAAUAUUUUUAUUAAUUAAUACCCUGGAUGUGAUUCUCAGGGAGAUAAUGCAGCUUCUGCAUCUUCUAUAUCUGUGUAAACAAGAAAAAAAACGCAAUGAAAUUCACGAAAAAGCAAAAACAGAGAGCGUUUCUGUGCACCAGCCGUUUUUGCACGUAUUUAAAUGAGCCACUGUGUAUUACCCUGAGGCAAAUUUGGACCUUUUCUAUGCAAAUAGGCAUGUCUUACAUAGAAGCACUGACACUUUUGUCGUGUAAUUAGGGCUGCAAAAUUUCGACCCAAAAUAAAAUCCAGAUUUUUUUCUCUAAAAACUCAAUAUUUCGAUUUUUUUAUUCAGUAACAACUUCACCAAACUUCACUUUGAUAAAAAGUUUUUCUAUCAUCUCUCAAAAUGAAACCACUGAAAACGAUGUAGUUCAUAUGCCAAGCCAGUAAGUGGCGCUGUAACGCUGCACAGGAAAUGCACAAAAGACAGAAGAAGAGUACAGAGCAUGUGUUUAAAGGUUGUUUUGGCGCCAUAAAAGAGUUACGCUGUGUGUCACAUGAUUGUUUCCAGAGAUGCAGAUAGACAUCCACACAGAGAUGAAAUGGUCGUUGUUUUUUAAAAAGUACCAUUUACAGUCUCUUAUACGACAAAAAACUUUAGCGUUUACUCCUGAGUUUGUUUCCGUGGUGACGGGUUGAUACCGGGGAGUGGUUUGCUCUUCAUCUGAAACUGUGAAGUCGUACCAAUUCAACACCACUGACUCGCUCUUGUCCGAUUUAACCACGAAAUUAUCGCCUUCUUUUGCAAACGCCAUGUUUGUUUACACUGGUGUGUGUGGGAACUGGGGAGCGCUCCUGCGCUUUGUCUACCUCUGCGAUGGUGAUAAGGACAGUGGUCCAGUCCAGUCACUUCCACCUCUGGGUGACCUAAAGUAAUAUUUCUUGAUAGCAGAGGUUGAGAGAACGUCUCUGAGCGGCAGAGGGUCGAGAUGCUGACAGCUCAUCUCCACUAUUAAAACAAGAGCAAACUGUACAGAACAGCGAAACUUUAUGAGCAUUUUUGUUUUAGAACUUUAUUGGCCCACUAUAUUUUAAUGAUGCAGUUUUUUGGUGUUUUUAGCAGCUGUAAAUUACUCUUAGUCCAUUAGUCUAGUCUCCAUUAAAGUGUUGCCUGUACGUCUUAUAAAGCUGUGAGUAGAAGACGGAUUUUUCCAGUGUCUGCCUUCAAGAAACAUGAAAAGGCAACAGAAACACGAACAGAGCCGAUAGGUUUACUUCAGGGAUUAAAUAAGGUGAGAUGAUACCUGGCAGAGAAGGAGCAGUUUCCACUUUUCACUCACAGAAGCCACACCUGGAGUCUGGAAACACUUUAUACAAACAAAACAGGAAAGUUACGUAACGAAACAAACCCACACAAAAAUCUCAUUAUUGAGAAACGGUCUGCGCAGGUGAAGGUGCCUUUAAAUCAAGCUGCAAAUAUGUAUGUCUGCUAUCAAGAUGAAAACGGGGCCGAUUAAGGGCUGACUCACUUUUGGAAUCAGCCUCAAGUGGACAUUUGUGGAACUGCACUUUUCAGCACUCUGAAAUUUACUUCAUUUUGCAGCUUUAAAUACUGAAAAUCUGAGUUACAGGAUCUUAAAGUCGGGUUUGUUUACCGAGCAGGAGGUGCUUUUAUUAAACACUGCCCUUGUGCAUCAUGGGAAAUGUAGUAUUUACUGCUAAAUGGUAUAAAGUAUGAAAGAUUUACACUAAAUAACCCGGAGAAUGUACGAAAACUGUGAAAUAUAUUAAGAUGUGUAAUUUUAAAUGAGCAGAACUUUUAUCUUAAAGGCAUAUUUCAGUAUUUUUUAAUUGGAGUGUAUACGUUAUCAUACCAGCAUGUAAGCUAGGCUACAGUUUUCUGCAGACGGGGUGGAGUUUACCACAUAAAACUGGAUUUUGAUGUUUUUGCGUCUCAAUUUUAACAACAAAAACGUAGAAAUUGUUCUGCUGUUUUGUCAUUUCAGCUCAUUUUUCUCUUCACAGCUUUGAUGAGCCAAACAGAUGUAAUAAAAAAGAAAAACUAAGAGCUGAGCACUCACUCUGAAGAGGCUCUUCUCUGAAUUUAGCGUUUAUUCGUCCAGCUGUACUCCACAGCUGAUUUUGCUUACUACAACUUAAACAUGUCCAAGAAUUAAAUGCAUGCUCGGUGUCACUCCCGUUAAAAAACUUUAGCUUGUUCUGUUACAGAUGGCUCAGCUCGACGCUGACCUUCAUCGUGGUUCACUGUUUUCUCAUCAUCAUAAAAAGGAAAACCACCUGGACGUAAUCAAGUCCAGCCACUGCUUGGCCCUCGGAUUAGAAAUAUUUCAAACCUGCCAAGAACAAGAACUGGCUUCGAUAACAAGCUCCAGCUUUUGCCAAAACACAAAGAAACUGAUACUUUCAUGUUUCUUACAACUCAGGGAUACAUCUGAGAUAAGAAUAAUGUCGACUUUAUCAGGAGAGGGUUAAACGCGCUUUUAUACCCUCCAAAUUUCCCUCAGUGCUCACAUGUCUGUCGUAAAAUCCAUUUAGAAAGUGCAUCAUUGAACUUUUAACUCUCCCUCACUAAAACACGUCCUAAAUCGGAUUGUUUUAGUGGUCGUAUCAGAGUCCAAGUUGAAAUAAAAGACUGAUCUGUUUCCUGACUCUGAUACUGAUAUUUAAUCUAGACGAAGGAUUUCCACGAGUCAGAGAGAGCAUCUGAUUUCAGGUUUCAGACGCUCAACAGACAGAUCAGGUUCUCAGCAGGACUCAAUAUAAAAUCUGAAAUAUGAAGGUCUUCUCUGAAAAAGUCUUUGUCUGGAUGGACGCAGAUGUUUCUCCUAAACCUGGAGAUAUUGUAUAAAACUGUCGACGCAGCAUCUAGGAUUUCUAGUUCUUUGUUGAAAGGACAACUGGACUUACUUGAGACGUUUAGGCGAAACGUCUCAAGUAAGUCCAGUUGUCCUUUCCAAAAGAAUGACAUAUUUUAAUUCAUCAGACCUUACCGGACAGUUGAUGUUGAGGCCAUGCGGUGACUCCAACUACAGAGUCCAGUUGCUCCUAACCUGCUUUUAUUUUGAAGGUAUAACCCGCUAACCCGGCGCUCUCUUGUCUCUGCAGGUCAGUCCAGUAACCACGCCUACUGGGAGCAGCAGCACAAACAGCUCCUUCAGAGUCUCUCUCCGGCGCUGCUCGAGGAGUACGGCGAGGACUACGUGGCCGAGACCAAGGAGCUUUUCCAGAGCCACGCUCGCCAGUCCAACCCCGACCUCAGUCCCGUCGUGGACACCAUCGUCCAGUCGCUGCUGUCGCCGCAGCCGCAGGCGAAAUACUUCGUUGGGCCCGGCGUGGGCCUCAUGUACUUCAUUUACAGGUACUGCCCCCCCAGUAUCAGCAACCGCUUCCUCCAGAGCCUGUUCGUGAAGAAGACGGUGAUGCCGCGCGCUCUGAGGAAGCAGUCGGGCUACAACCUGAACCUCAGCCUCCACAACAACAACAACGACGAGGAGAAGCUAAAAUAGCCGCAAGACUGUAGACACUUCCUGCAGCCAUAGAGGACCACUUCUGUAACGCACUCAUAGAGCUGUUUCCUGUUUUAACUGUUGAAGGGAUCAUAGUGAUGCACCAAAUCUUUCUGUUUGUUCCUGCCCUGGACUCGUGACGCCCCCCCUGAAUGGACAGUGAGGACACGCCAGGAGUUCAGGGGAAGGGCGGGGUCCGGUGGAAGUAGCGGUGCAGCCACGGGUCGAUCUGAGAGACGAGCUGUACUGUAAAUACACCCAGAGUCACUCUGACUUUAUGUGCCUUCAUCACAGCAACACUUCUGCAGCAGCUUCUUUUAAAGAGUUACACAUAAAAAUACAGUCCAAGUAAAUAUUCACCGUCUUUUUAUGAGGAUUCAUGAACAAAAGUGAGAAAUCGAACAGGUCCUGUCUCACAGUUUUCACUUAUACUUAAAUUAAAUCAACAUCUGUGGACUUGAUAACUUUUCCUGAGAAACCAGUGGAUGAAACUUAAAGGGAUAUUCCAGCGUAAAAUUAAUUUAGGGUCAAACAUACCGUGAUCAUGGAAAUUCAAUCAGACCGAGACGCUAACACAGAAGAACUACCGCGUCUGCAGAGUGAAAAGAUUAAUGUGAUGUUUAUUACUUAAAGGAAAUGAUAAAGUAGUGAUCAUAAACGUUCUUCCUUGAGCUGCAGCACCCCGCUGUAGUCUGUAAUGGACUGACCUGAGGCCUCGCUACAAACAAGCGUCUGCUGGAAGAGAGUAGGUGAGUUGUGUUUAGUCUCUUUGCUAAAGAAAUGAGUCAAAGUUAAAAAGAUGUUUGGUGUCUAGUACUAUGGCUGUGACCCUAUAUGUCCUGUUGAUGAAGUUAGGUGCUGUUCUGAGCAUUAUUUGUGGCUAUAGAGUGGCGUUUUGGUUGAGGGCGUGGCUCUCUGUAUUACUAUCCUGCGGUCGUUACUAAAGUUGGUAUAACUAGAGAAGGAAGCGGUCGACAACAUUCAUCUCUGGAGGGGGGGUCUAACUCUGUUUUACGGUGUGUUAGACCCUAAAUUAAUUUUACACAGAAUAUCCCUUUAACCAUGUUUUAUACAGUCUGUGGUUUUCAUUCUACCUGAAGUCGUGUCUGAAGUUCGACCUGAUACGCCCUCAGAUCCAAAAAUCAGGAUCAGGGAGAGUUCAAAGGAAUUUUCCAAAACUAAAACUCUAAAAGACGAUAAAAGUACGAGGGUGAAUAAUAUUCCUACAAAGUCAGAAACUUCAACUUCACUCUGUUACAACAGAAGCGCUCCAUAAAACAAGCUGCUGCAGCGACGCCUCCACCAACAAUCCUAUUUCUGUCUUUCUAAAUUUUACAGACUCCUGUAUCAUCUGCAUCUACGCAACAGGAACUCUGACAUGAAAUCUUUUCAAAACAAAAGCACACAAUCAAAAGUAAGGGUUUCCCACAAAACCAAAAUAGAGACCUAAACUUGUUUUUACAUAUCAAACAUGUUGUAUAAAAGCACAAAAGAACGGAAUAGUUGCAAAUAUUAUUUUUCUUUUCUUAAAAACAAAAAAAAAAACACAAAUAAAACAGUCAGUUGUGUACAGAUAGAAAUUUUUGUCUCUCGUCUGACAUUAAAAAAAAGGGUAAAUACAUCCAUAUUUUUGUGACUGAAACUUUUUACACUGUGCUUUUAUUUUGAAGGUAAAAAACAGUGUGGAAUUAAUUUUAAAAAAUUAGAAAUAUGGUUUAUUAAUGAAAAGGUUUUAGAAAUGAGAAAAGGGGAGGAGGGUUUUCCAGAAUAAAGUUGAGAAACAAUUUUGUGAUAAAAGAAAGACGUGAAAAUGUCAAGAAUAAAAUAAAUUACAGGAAAAAAAGUCAAAUGAAGAAAUGUCGUCGGACUUCAUUUUUGUGUAAGAUCGCAUAUUUAAUAUUAAAACUUAAAACUCAACUUUAUAAUGAAAUUUAGACUUUUUUUUAUAUUUUGACUUCUAUCUUAAAAUGUUAACAUCCUGUUCAAUAUCUCAACAUUUUCCUCUAAGAGUAAAAUAAAAUCUUAAUCUCCAUCUCAGACCCUAAACUCUAUCUUCACAUUUAGGAUCUUUGAACGUUGCUCCGCCCCUCAGUUUUUAUUGAUCGUGAUCAGAAGGUAAUCCAAUCAUGUAGCAGUUGUAUUUUCUGGCUGUGAUGAAUCCGAUAACGUCCCCUUUAUUAUUCCUAAAGGAACAGGUCUUUAAUGCGGUGCAGAUUCGAGUGUUCAGAGGGAAUAUUUUUGAUAUCUGUAAAAUUAUGUAAAUAUAUAUUUGCACUUCUGUGUUCAUUGAGUGUGUUGUGCUCUGUGGAAACUGUCUGUCUCUCAUCAGAUCCUCCAACAUUAUUGUUAUUAUUAUUAUUAUAAUUAUUAUUAUUAUUAUUAUUAUUUUGUUCUUCUUUCUCUGCCCACAUUUUGUUUUUGAAUCAAACUAUUUAUGGCGUCUUGUAUCUUUUAUCAGCACUUCAACUGUGAAUUUUGUAUUUAAAGAAAAAAAAACAUUAAAAAAAGGUAAAAAUGUGAUGUAAAAUGUUCUUGGUUCAUUCUUUAAUAGAAAUAAAGUUGACUUUUUUCAGAAUUUGCAUCAUCUCUUCUUUAAAGAUCCCAUAUUAUCCUCCUUUUCAGCAGCUUCACGUCGGUCUCAGAGGUCCCAGAACAAACGGUUUUUUAGUUUGUUUUCUAAACACCCCGUUUUUUUUCCUGGACUUCAGCCUGAAAACGCUCUCUGGUGAACUCAAGCCACGCCUCUCCCUGGCUCUCUGGAAGAGGUGGGCGUGGCUUGCACUAGGUACCAUACACUAAUGUUUACACAGAGUGCUAAUGCUGGAGCUAGCUGAGUCUGACCCAGAAGGAGAGGCUCCUGAAGAAAUUCCAGCUCUGUCUCUGCAGCAGGACGUUUUUUGAUUGGUUAGUUACAAAUAUGAUGUGUCUCCAUAUUUUUUUUCACUUUGUUUUGGUUCAGAGUGACUUACAUGUAGCUAGGUAACAUUAGCUCCUGCUAACAGUUACAUCUCCGCUGUCUUCGUUACUUUGAGCUCUUUCGGUGAAAACGUAAUAUUGUAAGUAAAGUUGUGCAUAAAACAGUAAAACUUACAGCUCCCUUGUUAGUUGGGUUGCGGACAGUGGGUACAGAUCCAAAAUUUAGCUUCAGAUUCUUAGCGAAUCCUGCUCUGUACUUGCUCUAGUUGAGAAAACAAUCUGAAGUGAAGUGGUACAACGUUUUAGGAGUUUUUGUGGAAACAUUUCCUUUGAAAAUAAAAUAACUUCACAAAAAUAGCGUCUGGUGGAAAUUUUCGGGGGGCAGAACAAACAUCUUGGGCGGGGUCACCAACCUGGAGAGGAGGAGUUAUCGCUGUCUGUGACGUCAUGGAGGGCGAGAGUUUCAAUCAACCCGUUUUAGCGACAUUUUCUGAAAGGUGGAACAAGCAAAAGAGGAAGAGGAUAGAAAUUUCUCAUUCUUGGGGUUUUUUUGACAGGCUGGGGGGGAUACAUAUUAUUGUUAGAAAACAAUUCUAAAGGGAAUUUUUGUAUAAUAUGGGACCAUUAAUGCUGAACAACAUCUACAGGUUUAGGAUCAACAUCUGCGUCCAUCCAGACAAAGACUUUUUCAGGGAAGACCUUCAGAUGAUCCUAAACCACAUUCUGACAACAGCACGGCUCUGUAGGAGGAGAGUUCUGGACUGAUGCGGUCCUGACUUGAAAACCGUUGGAGCAUCAUGACUCUCCUUCUUCCAGAAAUCUGUCUCGUAAUGAUUAAUCUCCUCCAAUGAGGAGUUUGUGAUUCAGCUCUGUCCUGGGACCCUUCUCUCUUUAUACCUCUGGUUUUAACCGACUCGAAGAGUGUGCUGAAAUAUCGAUCUCCGGGGAAAUCAAAACAGAGAUGAGUUGAUGUAAUUUAUCUCAUCUGAUUUCCCAUCUUCCUCUUACUGUGGAGUAUCUAAUGACGGGAAUAAAAACAGAGCCCCAGGGAAGAAACCACAACACAUGUCUCAUUUUAUUGCUGAGGAGAAGUUUAUGCCUGACUAUUGUCAGAGCAGCAGGUGGUUUAUUGAAAGAAACGAUCUUGGUUUCUUCACCACAGAGCUGCAGUGAUCUUCCCCCUCUCCGUGAAGUCCAAGUGUUUCUGUAUUUCAUCCUGCUCCUCUCUCCGGAGACCUGAUUUCCAGGAAGAAUUGUGAUUUUCCGAUCGAUCACCAUCCAACACAAAGAAACAUGGAAGAGACGGGAGGCUGCUAUUGAGAAAUAGACCACAUGCCGGUGACCUUUGACCCUUUGUGUGUUUCAUUUCCAUCCACAGGCCUCAUGACACUUCUCAACACCUCAUCAAAAAAAACAGGCAGACCAAGAUCUGUUCUUAUGCAAGAAGAUGGAGAAAUAUCAGACUGAUGGAGACCGCAGACGGAGUCAGAUUCACAUCACGCUGCUGUUAAUGUGACUUACAAACUUUUACACGUUUACAAAAUACAAAGUUCAUUUUUUAAGAAGGUGAAUAAUUUGUUUUUUGGCUGAACAGGGAGGAAGGUUGGCAAUCCCAAAAAUCAAACUGCUAGGAGAGCAGAGUGGAUUUGGAACAAGUGGAGUGGUCCCUCUACUCUUUAAAACUGAGGAUGCAGCAUCUAUGAUUUCCAGAUCUACAUUAAAAGGGCAACUGGACCUACUUGAGACGUUUCACCUUGCCCCCAAUUUUCACCACAUCCGGAACAGCGGUGAUUUUCGCCAUCCUUUCACUUGUUCGUCUCCGCCCGUUUGCAUGGUGUGAAAUACGAUCCUCCUGAAACACGGAGUGUUUUAUUUUGAAAAGAAGCCGGAUGUUUUAUUUUGUGUCUGUGCCCGACUUCCUUUCCAGCACGGGUUAAUCUGUGCUGAAUUUAUCCGCCAUGCUCCGGCGUCCAGAAAAAAUCGAACUCUUGUGAUCAGCUGAGGAGUCCGACGAUCCGCAGAGGAACGGAAAGAAGUCGGUGUAAAUUGACACGUUAACUUGAAUGGUUACGAUCAGCUACGAUCGGAGGAUACGACCUUUUAGGAGAUGAUCAGGAUGAAGGUGGAGAUCGGGAGUUGGGCUAUACGUCUUAAAUAAGUCCAGUUUUCCUUUCAACAAAGAACAUCAGAUUUUGAUUCAUCAGAUCUUACCAGACAAGUGUUAUUAAGCCCAUGCGGUGACUCCAACUACAGAGUCAUGUCUAUUUUUUUAUAUGCAGAUCCAACUGAGGCAUGAAGAACAUCCUCGUCCCUCUUUUCCUUCUUUUUCUCCAGAUUCUUUGAACAUUUUAAAGAUAUUUUGUCCACAAAGUCUUUUUCAUUUUAAUUGAAAAACUCUAAAAUCCCACUCUUGGAGGUCAUCUCAAAAAUGUGGACUCUGUGGAUUUAGAUAUUUUAAAAAAGUCAACUCAGACUCCUGCAGAUGCUGCUGUUGUGUAACUUGUAAACCACAUCCACUGGUAUCAGUUUUCAUGUUUAAAAGCUUCAGUAAUUUAAAUGUACUUCACCGAUCCCAAACUGGGAAUUUGCAGAAAUACUUGGGUGAGUAUUUAAGAGAAUUACAGAGUGUGUGUUGGUGGUUAUAAAGGGAACAUGUUACUAAGUGAAACAGUGUGUCUCGCUGAUGUGUUUUUAAUACUUUUGGACAACAAUGGAGCUCUAUUGCACAGUGGAAAAAGAAAUAUUAGUGUGUGAUACACACAGGCCUUAUUAGGAGAUGAAUCCUCUCCUGUCUUUCUGGUUUCUUGGUAAACUCUUUCUUGACAAAACCAGGUGUGUGUCCUCGCAUGGUCCUCAGUGGAUCUGGUCCAGCGGCAGUCAGGUUAGUGGAGCUGUUGGCAGUCUACUGCGAACUCUUAAAGGUCCAUGUUUGCUCUGUCAUGGUCCAAGCAGCCACUAAACCGGCACACAAAGGACAAAUCCAGCGCUAAGUGGGCGGGAGUGUGGACGGUUAUCUCCAGCGUAGCCGCCUUGAAUGUGGUCGUUUAUUCUGGAGAGCAGCAGCUGAGGAAAUCCGGCUUGUUUCCAUUGAGACCGAGGAGAGAAGAGUCCAAAUGCCCCCCCUCGGUUAACAUAUGUGGUCUGUGUAGAAGCCCGGACCCCCUCCCUGCCGUCGCUUUGAGCCAAGUGAUGGAAAUAACUCACAUUGUGUAAAGCUCUGCGGGAUACCAGCUGGCUACAUCAGCGAGUCACUGAGUUUAACUCUCACUUAACUAGAAGCACACACAAAUCCCCACAGAGUACUUUGAUUUAUUAUUCUUCAAACACACACUUUCCCUCCUUUCUCCUCAGUUGACCUGUUUCUACUUCAGCCAAGAAGAAAAGCUGCAUCAACACUUACUCUCUGGAUGGAAACACAAAGAUGACAUUUGAAGGUUUUGCAAGACGCCAGUUUGAUGUACCAAGAACUCAGGGCUUUUAAGUUUCGACUAGUUCUUGUCCCAAAGAGCUUGUAUUUACCUCCAGCUGUUAUUUUUGACGGGGAGAUUUUUCAAACACUCUCUGGUCAAUAUUCUGGACUUAUUUUUGAUCAUUUUCCAGUAGACUGUAUGAGAUUGCAGCCACACAACUGGCUUUAACUGAAGAAAACAGGAUCAAAUUACAUCUCCUGAAAGUGUUCGUGUCAAUGACAGGGUCAGAUUGUAGUGCUGGUGUAUUCUUCUCAAGGCUCAUUUAUGCUCACCAUACAUGUGAAAAUGAACGUGUCUGUUUCAAACACCCACAUACUUCCAUGUGUCCUUUACAUUUGCAUGGAUCUUAACCAUUACAUCCACCAGGGGGCAGGCCGGAGUCAAAAGUUUCUGACAACAACAAACAAAAAGAAACAUGGCGACUGUGGAGGAGCGAGUGAUAAUGUAGAUUUUGCAUCGGAAAAAUCUACAUUAUUCGCUACACCUCCUGCCCAGGAUAGUGAGACCUUUUGGGCCACCGAGAGCGCCACCACCUGGUCAAAAUCCUAGAUCUCUGACUCUUCAAAGUAUCGAGGGGGGAUGCUCUGGAGGUGUGUGGCCGCACAUGGGGCACCAAGGUCUAUCUAUCUAUCUAUCUAUCUAUCUAUCUAUCUAUCUAUCUAUCUAUCCAUCUAUCUAUCUAUCUAUCUAUCUAUCUAUCUAUCUAUCUAUCUAUCUAUCUAUCUAUCUAUCUAUCUAUCUAUCUAUCUAUCUAUCUAUCUAUCUAUCUAUCUAUCUAUCUAUCUAUCUAUCUAUCUAUCUAUCUAUCCAUCUAUCUAUCUAUCUAUCUAUCUAUCUAUCUAUCUAUCGUGUUUCUGGGACGGAUCGGGUAGCCACAGUACUGAUGAGAAAAACUAACAACGAUCCUCAAAAAGCCCCGCCAUUGUCUUUCUCUCUACAGAUGCGUCUCAGGUAGUGACAGCAGCAACACUGCCCCCACCGUUUCUGGUGGUACUGCUUCGUCUGGCCCGUAUCUGUAAACUUCAAGGAUACGUGCAGAAAUACGGACGAAAAGAACGCGAAGCACGGACGGAGAGCGCCAUCCGUACCAAGAUUAGUUUGUAACGUUGAGCAUAAAUGAGCCUUUACUGGGAGCUAUGGUGUAACACAAGAUAUGCACAUUCCCCAGAAGGUGCAUCAGCGUAUAUCGCACCAGUAAACUGAAUUAUUGUCAUUUAUCUUUAUUUUAAAUAACUGUAGCAUUUUCCCUCGUUUAGUCUUGUCUAAUAAUUCCUCCUAAGAAGAGUUCAAACUCUGUCAUACCUGAAUCCAAACUUAAUUUUGAUGUCCAGCUGAUUUGGUUUAAACUCUUUAACUCUCAGUUACUCCUGCAAUGAUCUUUCUCAAAUGACAUUUUAAGCUUCUCCUGCUGCGAACAUCUUCUCCCAUAUACUUUAUCUUAAGCUACUCUGGUGAAGAUCUCCUCUCUUAUGGAUAUACUUGCACUUCUUUUGCAAAGUUCUCAGUAUCACAAGCUUCCUCUGCAAAGACCUCCUAUUAAAUGACAUUAUCUUCAGUUUCAUCAGAAAGAUUUCACCUUAAAUGACAUUUUUAAGCUUCUCCUGCCAAGAUCUCAUUUCAUAUGAAGCUCCUCCUACAAAAAUCUUCCCAAAAUAACAUUUAUUAAGUUUGUCCUGUAAAAAUCUCACCCAACAUGGAGCUAUUUUCAGUUUUUCAAGUUUCCUCUGCAAGGACGUCAACUCAGAUCACAUUAUUCUCUCAGCUUCUCUUGCAGAGAUCUUUCCUUGAAUGACAUUAUCUUGAAUAUCUCCUCUCACAUGGCGUUGUUUUCACCUCUUUCAACCAGCAGCUCCUCUCAAAUAACAUUUUAUUGCUCAGAACAAGUUAACAUUCAUUAAAAUUCACAGCAUCUCCUCCUGUUUUCACUGCAUGGUGUUUUUUUUUUUAUUUUAUUUCCAGCUAUAAACAAUCAGCAUCACAAUGGUGGUUACAAUAAAAACACUGCUCAUGCUCGCACUUUUAUGGCUUUUCUGUGUUUGCAGCCUUUGUGCUAAUGCUAAGCUAAUUUCCUCCAGUAAUGAUCCACAAAAUAAGUUUUUUUUUUUGUUGACAGCUCAGUGACCGACUCGGUUCAGCUGAGUCCAGUCACUUCAUUUCUCUGUGUGCUGGCAGAGAAAGUUGAGCUGCAGAUGUCCCAAACACUUGGCUCUUAAUGGAUGUAGGACAGCAUGGUCUUAGCUCAUUUCUGAACUUUAUUACAUCACCACCUGCUAACACAUAACACCUAAAGAAAGAGACACAGGAGAUCAUUCAGGGGACACACCUCAAGUAACUUCAGGUCAGUUCAUCCAAGAACAUUAAAACUUAUUGGACUUUCCACCUCUGUUUGUCCAAUUUGAUGCAACCUGUUCCUGAUAGUAUGAUUAGACUAUGAAAAGACUAUGAACAUGUGGAUAUAAAGUUAACACAAGGAUAAUAGAUCAUGGUUUAAUUUGCUGGGAGUUGGAUCUCCUGACAGUGUUUAUUAAUGACACUUUUCCUGCUUGACAUGUUUGAUCAAGUUAAAAACCAAAUUUUUAAAAAAGUUGUGACUUCCUUUCGCGUUUUGAGUUUCUUUUUACUCAUCUAUCAAAGCUGUGAACUAUUUAGAUCAUCUUUGAGAAAAGCAAAACUCAGGUUCCACCGAGAUUUGAACUCGGAUCGCUGGAUUCAGAGUCCAGAGUGCUAACCAUUACACCAUGGAACCUCAUGUGCGCAGGUGGACAAGUUAGUGGUAUAUAACAGAUCACAUGACACAGAUGUUGAUGGAAUUUGAUAUCAGAACGAAGUUUCCUUCGUUUCUGUCGAUUUUUUUUCUCAUCAUUUUUACGCUUUGAGUUCAGCCGUUUAAGGCGGUUUGACGUCACUUCCUCUUCAGAGUACAAAAAUUUUAAAUGGUAGUUCGUGCACGAGAACAACAAGCUCACGAGCUCUGGAUGUUUCCGAAACGUGGUAAGAAACAAAGACAGUUUGAUCAGAUCGAUAACCUUUCCUUACAGAGCAGAUAUUAACCCUAGAAGCCGCUGUGAUACUUUAGAGUGGAGUUACAGUGAGAACAACAGGUGAACAAGGAAAAAGUAAAGCAAUACUUUAUCCCAUUUAAAAAUUUCUUAGCAGUCAUAAUAUGUCUAACGCUUUCGUUUGUUUACUCCGAUAAUUUAGUCAAUAACGUGGAAGAACUAAUGUGCCGAUCUUAAGUGAAUGAAUGUUUUUUUUUUUUUAAUAAUCAGAUUUUAUUCAAUUUUUAGAACAUAACAACAAUACAGCAUUGCAUACAUCAGUAAGGUCUGAGCAAGUGGAAACAGAUGAAUAAGAAGAACUCAGUAAAAAAAAAAAAAUAAAAAUAAAAAAAUAAAAAAAAAUUAAAAAAAAAGAAAGAAAGAAAAGGGAAAAAUAAAUAGAUAAAUACAUAUAUACACAUACAUGUCCCUGCACCUGAUAUGAGAGAUUUCUUACCACCAUUCACCUCAUUCUGUAACCUUCUAGGCCAGUGUUUCCCCUCUCGAUAAUUUCACUUAGAUCCUUAGGCAGAUAAUCCAUUAGAGGCCGCCAUAUGUCCAUAAAAAUGUCAUUAUUUCCUUUCAAUUUGGCACUUAGUCUUUCCAUAGGAAGGACUCUGAAAAUUUCUUUGUACCACUGGGUUACAGUGGGGGGUUUCUCACUUAUCCAAUUAAAUAAUAUGCAUUUUCUGGCCAGAAGUAAAAGUUUAUUGAGUAAUUUCGAUCUUUUUGCAUCCAUAACUCUAUUCACUGAAGGCAGACCUAAUAGAAACUGGCCUGGAUCUUUACAUAUCCUGUGUUUGAAUAUUGCUGACACUUCCUUAGAUACACAAGACCAGAAAAUCGAGAUUUUCGAACAGUUCCAAAAGCAGUGCAUAUAAGUCCCACUUGACGUUUUACAUUUCAGGCACAAUGGUGAUCUAUUGGGGUCAAUUUUGUUCAUAACAUGAGGUGUUCUGUGUUGUCUGUGGAGUAUCCUAUAUUGCAUUUCUUUAAAUUUACUGUUGAGGAACAACGAGUGAGUGGUCCGAAUACAUCCCUCCCACGCAUCUUCAUCAUAUACCCUUUGAAGGUCCUCCUCCCAUCGCUUAACCAGCCCCUCAACACUAUGUUGGUUACAACUCUGAAGGCUAUUAUAAAAGUAUGUGAUAAGACCUUUCUUCACUGUAAAAUUAAUUAUGAACUUGUCAAUUGGUCCCUUCAGUGUUUCUGUUUGAGAUACUUUAAGAUUCGUAUUGAUGAAGUGACGGGCUUGAAGAUAUGCAAAAAAAUCUUUUUGUGGAAGACCAAAUCUAUUUUGUGCUUGUGAAAAGGACAUGAGGACAUUGUUAUCAUCAAACAAAUCUCCAACCACUCUCACGCCCUUUUCCCGCCAAGAGCCGAACACAGCAUUUUCAACACCAGGUAGGAAGUCCCUGUUGCCCAUGAGUGGGGUCAAGUAGGAAAAGGCACCCCUCCUACCCACAAACCUUUGCAUGUCAUGCCAUAUUUUAAUAGAGCUAUGAAGUAAUGGGUUGUUCCUUACUUGGGGAAGAGCAGAUUUUUUGCAAGUGAGUUCCCCUAAUAGUCUAAAUGGGACACAUGCCCAGGAUUCAAGUGGGUCCUCUGUCCCCUUUAAGUAGCAGUGAACCCAUUCACAUAUGAAUCUACUAUGACAAGCCCAAUUAUAAAGUCUGAUGUUAGGGAAUGCUAGACCUCCACUGCCUCUCGGGAGCUGUAGGGUCCUCAUACUUAACCUGGGUUUUUUAUUUUGCCAAAUGAACUUUGAGAAAUCCUUUUCAACCUCUCUUGCUAACUUUUUAGAAAUAAACAAAGGCAACAUCUGCAUGGGAUAGAGCAGCCGAGGCAAAGCAUUCAUUUUUAACAAAUUAAUUCUGCCCAUCCAAGAGAUUGGCAGAUCCAUCCACCUAUUAAGAUCACUCUUGAUAUCUUUAUGUACAGUGUCAAAAUUUUUUCUAAAUAAAUUCUUAAUACUCUGAGACACAAAAAUACCCAAGUAUGAGAGCCCUGAAGUAGACCAAGAGAAUGGAAAGUUUGGUAUGUUUGGUAUAUUAUUACCAUAUCCAAUUGGCAUGGCCAUUGAUUUAUUAAAAUUAAUCUUGUAUCCAGAGAAGGAUCCAAAGGUCUGGAUGACUGACAUUAAAGCUGGUAUAGACACCUCGGGGUUAGUGAGAAAAAGAAGAACAUCAUCCGCAUAUAAUGCAAUCUUAUGUGUUGAGGAAUUAAUUUUGAAACCCAUUAUGCUGUUAUGUCUUCUAAUAGCCUCUGCCAUUGGUUCAAUGGCCAAUGCAAAAAUAAGUGGGGACAGAGGGUCCCCCUGUCGAGUGGACCUCCCCAACCCAAACUCCGAUGAUUUAAUACCGUUUACAAGAACACUCGCUCUGGGUGAGAAAUAUAUCAACUUAGUAAGUUUAAUAAACCCCUCUCCAAGUCCAAAUUUUUCCAUGAUCGUGAAUAAAUAGGGCCAUUCCACGCGAUCAAAUGCCUUUUCGGCGUCAAGUGAGAUAACAAGACCCGGUACCUGAUUAGUAUUUGCAUACUGCAUAAUGUUAAGUAAUUUUCUCAUAUUGGUAUAAGAGUUCCUGCCUUUAAUAAAGCCCGUCUGGUCAGAUCCAAUUAGAAGUGGCAAGUAGUUCUCGAGUCUCUUCGCUAAUAUUUUAGAAAAUAUUUUACUGUCCACAUUCAUCAGGCUAAUAGGCCGGUAUGAGCCGCACUCGUCAGGGGGUUUUCCCUUUUUAAGGAUUAAAGAUAUAUUGGCAGCAUACAACGAGCAUGGUAGGGAGCCCUUCUCUAUUGAGUGAAGGAACAUCCUUAGCAGAGGUCCAUCUAUUAAGUUUACUAAUUUUUUAUAAAACUCUGGACCAUAGCCAUCUGGCCCCGGGGCCUUUCCAUUCUGCAGGGAAUUGAUUGCAUUUUUAAUCUCUUCCUUAGUUAUUGGUUUUCCAAGAGCGGAUUUAUCUUCUUCUGAUAAGGAGGGGAGACUAAGCUUAUCUAGAAAACUCUGUAUACAGUUGGGUGAUGUAUUGGAUUCUGAGGUAUAGAGUUUUUCAUAAAAGUCCUUCAUUAUCUCCACCAUUGUUUUGGUCUCAUAAUGAUUUUUCCCAGUUUCGUCCUUUAAGGAGGAGAUAGCUCUAACAUCUCGCCUACCAGCUGCCAAGCGUGCAAGAAGUCGCCCUGGUUUGUCACCCAUUUCAAACAAUCUAUGUUUUGCAUAAAAGAUACUUGCUUCUGCCUUUUGUGUAAGAAGUUGGUUGAGAGCAGAUCGUGUGGCUUCUGCUUUUUUGAACAGGGCUGUAGAAUAAUUAUCCUUUAAUUGUCUAUCAAGAUCAGUCAGUUGUCUCUCCAAACCCAGCUGCUCUCUCAAAGCUUCCUUUUUUCUGGCUGUGCUAUAUGAAAUUAUGGCUCCCCUCAAGUAAGCUUUGAGUGUAUCCCAAAGUAUUGAUGGAUUAGUAUCCUCGUUAUCAUUAGUUGAAAGAAAAAUAUCAAUUUGUUCUUCCAUAAAAGUCAUAAACGAGGGAUUAUUAAAAAGAGAGGGAUUCAGUCGCCAGUAGCAUGGUGUGGGCUGGGGGGAGGGGGGUAAUUGUGAUGGAUACAUCUGCAUGGUCAGAUAGUAGCCGGGUACCUAUAGUACAUUCCUCCACCCUAUCUAACACCAUCCUUGAGACAAAGAAGAAAUCUAUACGGGAAAAACUUUGGUGUGGGUGUGAAAAAAAAGUAUAAUCUCUCUCCCUCGGGUGGAUAGUUCUCCAGGCAUCAAAAAGCUGUACGUCAACACAUAGCUCUUUAGUGGCCUCCCUCAUUUUAGACGUGGCUUUUGUCAUGGGGCUUUGGUCUACCUCAGGGUUCAAAACACAGUUAAAGUCUCCUGCAAGUAUACUGAAUGUUGCAGACAUUGCUGAAGCAUCAGCUAGCAGUUUAGAGUAAAAUUCCUCUUGGUACACAUUCGGAGCAUAUACACAACCAAUCAUUAUAUGUUCCCCAUACAAGAAUCCUGUAAUAAUCACAUAUCGGCCUUGACAGUCUUUAAUACAUUUUUGUAGAGUAAAUGGGGUAUUUUUAUUUAUUAGGAUGGCCACCCCUCUCUUAUUUGUAGAAAAUGAGGAAUAAUAAAUUUGUCCUACCCAUUCUCUCUUAAGUUUUUCAUGUUCCUUAUCAUCUAAAUGGGUUUGUGAAUGAAUGUUUAUCUGAGAGUUUGCAGUUCCGCCUCUCGCCACCGGGUGUCAGUGUAACAUAAGUGAUCCGCUGAAAAGCCAUCAGCUCCUGCAAUGAUCAGGCAAACACGGCGGGUUUGACAAAUAUACAAGAAGAAGAAUAUUCAACACGAUAACAACAAUAAUAAUUAUAAAAAUAAAUAAUAAAAAUAAAAUAAAUCAUUAUAAUGAUAAAAUAAUAAUAAUGAUAUUAUAAAAAUAAUCAUAAAAAUAAUCAGUAAAAUUAACAUAAUAAUAAUAAUCAAAGGCAAAAGUUUUUUCAAUACAAUAUACAUUAAAAAGAUAAUAAACGUCAAGUUGAAAUUGUAGAAAAAAGUCGAAAUUUUCAGUAGAAAUCCUGUGACUUUAUAUAGAAAAUAUAAAAUGAAUAGAUUCAGUGCAUUUUAACAAGACUACUUCUUGUUAUUCCUACAAAAAACACUUUAUCUGUUUUCGUAUUUUAUAUUUUUAAGAUAACUUCCUUCAUUGACUUUUCAGUCACAAAGCCCCAAUGGGGCUCUUAGCAAAAUUUGAUUUUGGGGCCCUCUAUUCCUGCCAAUAAUAUUGAUUGUUGAUCACUCACACACCUACUACAGUAUAAAUUUAAUGCGCCUGACAUGUCUUUACACAUUAAGGGGGUGGCCUAGGUAAUAACAUAAAAAAUACCAAUGCAACCUUACGAAAAAUACAAACGAAUGACUGAUGAAUGAUGUUCAGGGGGCCACAUGUGGAUUUUAAUCUCAAAAUGUAACACAUUCAGGAUGCUCAAUGACCAUUUCACAGCUGGAGGAACAUAAUGGUAGAGGAGCUUUGACAUGUCGGCAGUAAGAAUCAUAGACCUACAUCAGCAGCAGCACUAAAAUGUUUUUACUUUAUUUUAUCUUUACAAUAAUAUAUACUUGAUCAUGCAGGAAGAAUCACUCAUACAUGCAAAAAAUCAUAAAUACUAUUUUCCUUCGACUGCUCUUGGGGGCCCUCACUGGCUGUGGGCCUUAAGCAGAGGUUUAUUAACCAUUCUUUAAACUUCUACAUUAAUUUUUGUUGUGAUGGUCAUUAGGUAGUCUGCAAAAACUGCUUAAAACUGUUGAAAUGAAAUAAACUCAGAAAAGAGUAAGAGCCACAGUAUCAGAGUUUCAUUCAUCCAAGCAAAUUAAAGUAUUUUGUUUGUUUAAACUGUAUUUAUUUAAUAUGAAAUGAGACGUUUUUAACCUUUUUUAACUAAACCUUUAUUAGUGCAGGUUUUGUUACACAGAGAGACUGUUUCUUUUCUGAUUGUUGAAAAUUAUACAGACACGUGUCGUGUUUAUCUUCGCUCUGGAUCUGUCGUCAGUAUUGUUGAGGUGCAUGAGCGCUGUUCAAAAAUAACCAAAUCAAACGUGUCUGUCAGAGCUAAAACCCUGCAGACUUCCUGUGUGUUUUUAUACCAACACAGAGAGCAGAGUAAAGUGGCUGAAAUCAGAUUGAUAUGUAACAGAAGCUGAGGAUCACAGGAGGCUGAAAAUCCUGCAGACAGAAACCAGAUCGAUCCACCUGAAGAGACGAAACAUGAGACUUUGUUUUGGGGGGAAAAAGCAGAAAAACAAACGCCAAACCUGAGGGUCAAACACACAGAGAUUAAAAACGUCAGUGCAGCUUUAUCUCUGUUGUAUAAGUGUAUAUAUAUAUAAAUGAAUGUGUAACUCUUCACCUGAAACAGCUCAGUCCGUGUCAGUGGAACACUAAAGUGCUGAUUGAUCUCCAUAUUUCCUGCAGCAGCCCCCCUCUCAGGUGAAAGCAGCAGGUCCAGCAGACAGCAGGCCGUGUGGUCGGGCAGUUAAAGGCUGAUGUGCUGCUGCAGCAGGAACACGAUGAUAUAACCACAGUUGGCUGGUCACUAUAAUCAGAACAAAUGUCCCGCUGGUGUUUCAGUGCUGCAGCGACACGACUCCACCUGAACUGAACAACCCCUGAACAGCAGCCUGAAACCUGAAACCAGCAGCUGCAGCAGCCGCUUCCUUCCUCUGUCCGGGUAAACCUGCGUUUCUCUUCAUUCUUACCGAACAAGAUCACUGUGGUGUCUGUGAGUAAUUAGUCAACGUGAACUAAUCCCUGACACUUUAGUUUCUUUAAACAGUCAAAUGCACAACUUAGUGAGGAUUUUCUACUGUGACUAUUUUACAGCAUAUAAUCGUUUACUUCAGCUGUCACCUGCUUGAUUGAUUCGUACCCAACAGCAUUAAUCAGUCUGUCUCUAAACCAGCCCUUCCAAGAGCUUUUGAUUUUUUUAGGCAGCUGUAAAAAAUAUUUAUACACCUGAUACAAAGAGUUGUGUUCUUAUCAGAAGUUCAGAGCCUUUUUCUCCAGUUUCUCAGAGUCCUGACUCGUCACGUUUUAAAACAUUUGGUGCAUUUCGAACAGAUAACUGAUAUGAGACCAUAAACUGGAUAUUUAACAGAAACUGGUCUCUGGGGUCCCAAAAGAAGAGCUGAUGUAACCCGGUGGGAAACGCACCUGCCCCGUGUUUUGAAACAUGUUAGUGGCAUCAAAUUUCAAACGAGAAAUAUACAAAUAUAUUUUUCGUAAAACAAUUUCAACAUUUGAUUUAUCAUCUUGGCACCAUUUUCAGUUAGAAUAAUUUAAAGACCAUGUAAACGUGGUUUUAUCAGCAUUUUACCACAUCUUAAAGGCAUAUUCCAGCAUUACUUGGUCACCAGCGAUCACCGAGUGCAGCGAAUCAUUUCCUUAAAGUGAUAAUCACCAUAUUGAUCAUUUUACAGACGCAGUAGUUCUUCUGCCUUAGCGUCUCGGUCUGAUUGUUUUUCCGUGAGGAAAUGAUCAUAAAUGUUCUUCCUUGAGCUGCGGCACCCCACUGUAGUCUGUAAUGGACUGGCCUGAGGUUUCCGUACAAACAAGCGGCUGCUGGAAGAGAGUAGGUGAGUUGUGUUUAGUCUCUUUGCUAAAGAAAUCAGUCAAAGUUAAAAAGAUGUUUGGUGUCUAGUACUAUGUCUGUGACCCUAUAUGUCCUGUUGAUGAAGUUAGGUGCUGUUCUGAGCAUUAUUUGUGGCUAUAGAGUGGCGUUUUGGUUGAGGGCGUGGCUCUCUGUAUUGCUAUCCUGCGGUCGUUACUAAAGUUGGUAUAACUAGAGAAGCAAGCGGUCUACAACAUUCAUCUCUGGAGGGGGGGUCUAACUCGGUGUUACAGUGUGUUUGACCAUAACUUAAAUUUUACGCCAGAAUAUCCCUUUAA